GUAGAGAAGGCGACCAUGAUGAAGUCGCUCUGUAAAAGAUGACGAGCUCGUAAGUCGGUUGGAUGAAUGGUAGAAAAGUCAAUACAGAGAAAGAGAAAGCAGCGGCAGCGGCUGUGACGACGGCGACGGCCCACGACUUUUAUUUGGUAAACGUCCUCUGAAGGCGAGAGGUUCGCAGUGGCUUCAGGCUUGGCUCCGAUCAGAGAGAGGGUGCCUAGCUUAGCCUUGGCCGCCUCGUCACCCAAUUCCAAGCUGCUCGGAUGCUCAAAUCCAGUCAAAGUCAAUACCGACGGCUCUCGACGUUCCGCGACAGGAGAGAGCAACACAGUGGCCCUGGCAUUGCAUUGCAGGGCAACAUCGCCCUUGCCCUCACGAUGAGAGAGUUCUUGUUGCCCGCUUGUGCGGGUGGACUCCGCUUCCAAGAGCUCUCCUUCGCUGGAUUGCUCAUCGAGCCGUCGAUCACCUGCUGCCUGCCUGCCCGCCUGCCUGCCUGCCUGCCCGCCUGCCUGCCCGCCUUCCCUUCCGCGAGCAUGCGAGUCGCUGAGCGAAGCCCUAUUAAUAAGGCGCAGCGAGCGAAAGGCGGAGGAGGCGCAGGCGUGCUGAAAGCGGAAUCGCUCUCGCGUCUUGGGUCGCUGCUUGAGCGGAAGGAUCAACGCUACCGCGACGAGAUGCCGCUGACUCAAUGCCACGCUACGCUACGCGCUCCACGCUCGAAACGUAGCUUCUUUCUUGCUUAUGCUCUAGCGUGAGCUUGACGAUGGACAUGUCCUUGCCUGAAGCUGUGCACGGACGUCUGGUCCCGGGAGAAGGCACAGCAAUGAAGUAGCCGCCGGCUUGUCAGAC